AUGGUGAAGCCCGAAGUAUCCUCGCCAGCUUCUAAUUCUAAAAGGGAUGUAUCGCCACUUUCUCGUAUACCAGGGUCAGCUUCCGGGAAAGAGCAUUCCUCUGGCAGCCGAGCGGAAUUGAAAUCAAGAGCAAACCGUUCUAAGAGCGUAAGUCAGUUGGCUGAUAAAAAUAAGGUUUUAGGGAGCAAGCUAACCCCAAAGAGCCCUAACGAACUUCCGUCUCCUGAAUAUGCGAUUGUUGAUGCCAAGGAAGGGGAUAGUUUCAGCACAGCUGAACAAAUGUUCAGAAAGCUUUCGACGAGCAGCGACGAUGUUAAAAAAGCAACCUCUCAUGCUCAGUUGUCGUCAACAGCACAUGGUAUGAGACUGUUGUCAAAGGACAUCUCUAAAACUAAAGUUGUUUUGGAAGUUAAACGUCUUAUGAUUGUUACGAAGAAACAGGAUAGCUCCUUGGUGUAUCUUACACGAGAAAUGGUUGAGUGGAUUUUGGUCAACUAUCCUAGCAUCGAUAUAUACGUUGAUGCUGCCCUACAAGAUUCGAAAAAGUUUAACGCGCAAGAAAUAUGCAGUGACAGCAGAUGCGACACAUACAAAAUCAAAACUUGGACGCCAGCUAUGGUGGCAGAAAAUGACGGAUUUUUCGAUCUAAUAAUCACGUUAGGGGGUGAUGGUACAGUACUAUACGUCUCUUCCAUCUUCCAAAAAAAUGUACCACCAGUGAUGUCAUUUGCCUUGGGUUCAUUGGGGUUCCUUACCAAUUUCAGCUAUGAGAAUUUCAGACAGUCGCUACCUCGUGUACUAAAUUCCAAGAUCAGAAGCAAAAUGAGAAUGAGAUUGUGUUGUAGGGUCUUCAGAAGGAGGAAAAAUGGGAAAGGCGAAGCUCACUCCAAGAAGAAAUUCGAGCUAGUCGGAGAGCAUCACGUUUUGAACGAACUUACUAUUGAUAGAGGACCCAGUCCAUUUAUAUCAAUGCUUGAGCUCUUUGGGGACAAUUCACUUCUGACAGUGGCCCAAGCUGACGGUUUAAUAAUAGCUACUCCUACCGGCUCCACUGCUUAUUCUUUGAGUGCAGGUGGCUCUCUAGUAUAUCCUAGUGUCAAUGCUAUUGCAGUGACACCAAUAUGUCCCCACACAUUAAGUUUCAGGCCUAUUAUUUUACCAGACAGCAUGGUCCUGAAGGUAAAAGUUCCGGUAAGAUCAAGGGCAACUGCGUGGGCUGCGUUUGACGGUAAAAAUCGUGUCGAACUGUUUAGAGGGGAUUACAUAUGCAUAGUUGCAAGUCCGUACUCAUUCCCAACCUUAGAGGCGAGUCCCACUGAAUUUAUUGACAGUAUCAGUAGAACUCUGAAUUGGAACGCCCGAGAGCCCCAGAAAUCGUUUGCCCAUAUGCUUUCCCAAAAGAAUCAAAAAAAAUACGUUUCCGAUACAGAGCAACAAAGAGAUGCAGACGAUGAAGUGCAAGCACCAUCAGACGAUGAGGAGGACGAAGAAGAUGAAGAAGAAAAUGUUGCUGGCCUGCAGAUGAACAAUUUAACUAAUAUACAUAGGCACAGAAGGCUCUCAGGGAUGGCUGCGUCCCCAAAACUGAAGCCAAAUUUCCACUUAUAG